AUGGCUGUUGUGACGUGGUGCUGGAUAGUGGCAGCUCUCGUGGUGCUAGUGGGGCUGCUCUGCCGGUACAUGAUGCGGAACUUCAACUUUUGGAAGGAUCGAGGGGUGCCCUAUAUGAGGCCGUGGCCAUUCGUCGGCAAUAUGGGCACUGUGGUGGCUUGCAAAGAACACCUUGCAGACGUUGUCUUCCGGUGUUAUCGACUGGCAGGAGAUGUGCCCUUCAAAGGCAUGUUCGCCUUUGACCAACCUUUCUUGAUGGUCAAGGACCCAGAACUCGUGGGUCGUAUCUUCGUUGCAGACUUCGGCACGUUCCACACUCGCAAUUUCGAGGUCAACAGUGAGACUGAUACUGUUUUCGCCAAUUCGAUUUUCGGUGCACAGGGUCGGAAGUGGAAAGUAAUGCGGUAUAAAUUGGUGCCAGCUUUCAGCUCUGGAAAAAUGAAAAAAAUGUUUCCUCUUGUCGAUGACGUCGGGAAAGAUCUAGUUCAAAAUAUCCAGAAAGCUGUGAGAGAAGUCAGCGCCGUGGACGUGCGCCAGGUACUGACGUGCUACACGGCGGACAUCGUGUGCUCCAUCUUCCUUGGCGUGGAGGGCGGCUCCCUGAAGAACGAAGACUCCCCAGUAUGUCGCCAGCUGCAUAGAUUCCUGCGGAAGGACGCUUUCGCUGGGCCGGCCUACGCCGUCUUCUUCCUCGCCCCGCAGUUGCUGAAGUUCCUGCCCUUCAAGUUCACAUCCUCCGAUGCGGAGAAAGGCUUGUUCGACAAGAUUGUUCAGGUGAUGGAUCAUCGGAGGAAAACGGGAGAGGUCCGAGGUGAUGUAGUGGACGCGGUGCUACGCAUCUUAGAUGACCAGGAGGCUGAAACCGGCAAAGCACCUGCAAUGGAUGAAGCCUGGGAACAAUCGACAGAGCAGCAAGAUGAGGUUAUGGAUGUCAUAAAAGCAGUUUCAAACAUAAUGAUCUUCUUGGAGGGGGGAUUCGACACGACAUCUUCGGUAUUGACGUUUGCACUGUAUGAGCUGGCCUUCCAUCAAGAUGUCCAAGAAAAACUGCGCCAGGAGAUCCAGAUGGUGACGGCGAAGCACGGAGGACAGCUCACCUAUGCUGCAGUGAUGGAAAUGACUUUCCUCGACAACACCAUGAGCGAGACCUUGCGGCUGCACCCACCUUUGAACUUCGUGGAUAGAAGAGCCACGCAAGACUACAGACUGCCUGGCACGGACCUCGUCCUGCCCAAGAACACAGCCGUGGUCGUUUCCCUGCUGGGGCUGCACACGGACCCACGGUACUGGAAGGAGCCUCUCCGCUUCAUGCCGGAGAGGUUCAGCGACGAGAACAGCAAGAGCCGGCCACGAUUCACGUAUCUUCCAUUCAGCGACGGACCGAGGAUGUGCAUUGGUCCUAGGUUGGGCCAGUUGGUCGCCAAGACCGCCCUGGCACAUAUAAUCAGCAACUUCAGGAUCAGCCCGACCGCCAAGACUCCGCAGCCAUUGAUGAAGGACCCUGGGAAACUGGUCGGUGCACCCAAGGGACAACUGGAACUCAGCUUCCAGCAGAUACGAAGCGAAUAACAUGACACGGAGAGUAUAAAAGGUUGUGAAUCACAGCCGUGUGCGGUUGGAAAAGGUUGUGCCAGCGAUUCACUGUAAUGUAGGUGCGAUACUACGCACGUUAUAAACAAUAGAGGAUGUCUUAGCUGUUGGUAUGUCUUCCGCGUUGUGUGGUCUUGGCCCAUGAAACUUUUCCGUACCUAACGUAUCGUCCAGAGCUGUAGUUAGCGUCUUUGGAAGUGCUGCUAGUUACGACUGAUGGGUCGGACGUCGGAGUGUGGCGUAUUGUAUGCGCAAACAAAGUUGACACCCGACGCAGUGGCUGAUGGGAGCGACUGCAAAGGCACUUCCCAUUUACAGCCGCUCCCAUCAGCUAGCGCGCCGGGUGCCAUCUUUGCGCGAUUAAUAAACAUAGUCGGAAAGGAGUGUGCUAGAGUUGACACGUGAUCAGCAGAGAUAAAAUUGAUUAUCGUCCGUCAAAGAUAAAACUUAUCUACCCGUUCUGUAGAACUGCUGCCUGUAUAUCACCACAGUCCAAUAAAUACACUCACGACACUCUUUGGUGCGAAAUUUGUUACCGUUUGACAGCUGAACGACACUAGCCCACAAAGCGGUGAGAAAGCAGAUAGUCACAUGCGUCGUAAUCGCAACGUUUUUCAUUAUUUUCAAUCCAAUUAGUCGAAUAGGUUACAGUUUGCAUUCCAUGCAUUAGUAAAUUACCAGGAGUCGUGAAUUAUCGUGAAAUACAGGUAAAAACAGCUUAACCACACUGAUUCAAUGACAUAAGCUACAACUCAUGUAUCUAUGAAGAAAUACUAUCGAAUAUGUCUAUAUUCACAGCUUAUUCCGCUGAAAGCAAGAGAAUAUAAACAUUUCAUGCAUGAGAAGUGUGUAUUUUUGUUCUUACUUGCGGUUAUUGUCCUACGCACUUUCCCUGACACUUAAAAAAAUUCUAGAGUGUUAAAUAAUUCGCUCUUUCUUACACUUCACUCGACUUUCUAAUACACGAAUAUUUUUCUAAAUGUAAUAACUUUUGCCUCAAAAACAAAAGUGUUGAAUAAUAUUGCCUUUUCGUGGCACAGAUUUACCAACAAUUACGGAAUUAGUUUCUCAGUUUUUUUGUUUUGAUGGUUUAUCACGUCUAUGUGGUUUUCCCUUAAGCUACAGUUGUGGUGGUUUAUUUGAUACGUUAAAUAAUUUAGGUAUUACAUUCCAUCUACGUUUCCUACGUUCCACAUUCACUGAUUUGGAUGAAACUGUAGCGAAUAAAACUCUGCUUUGUUCGAUAGACAAACGACAUAUAUUCGUGAAAUAUCUGGUUUUCUGGCGUUUAUUAGCAUUUUUUGUUAUUAAAGAAAAACGAUAUUAUUCACUAAAUGUCUGUACGUUACAAGAGAAUCAUAAAUAAACUGUCGUGUAAUGCAGUUUCGAACCUUCCAGCCCCUUUAGGAAACUAAGUAAUCAGAGAUGUGGUGUAAUUUCUUAGUUGUUGUCGAUUUUUUGGGCAUUAAAAACAUUCCCAAUGGUAAAAGCUGUUACAAAUCAAUAUAAACUUCAGCAUUCGCACUCAUCCGAUAACGUACUCAGAAGUGUCGAUUGCUGGUCACUGCUAUCGUUGGGGGUACCAAAAACGAGACGGAAUGUCG